AGGUUAUUCAGAAAGUGAAACUAUUUCACAAACAAGGGCAUACUGUAGCCAGAUUUGAAAAACUCUCAAGAGCAGUACGACCAUCCAAGAAAUGGGAAAUCAGUCAUCCACUCCGACUCCUUCCUCACCAGAGCUCCAGAAAACAGUCUGUGAAAAAGAUGAAAUACUGCAGGAAGUGAAAGAAUUCAAGCCCAGCACUGAGGUCCUCAGAAUUAUGUUGUAUGGACCGAUUGGAGCUGGGAAAUCAUCCUUCAUCAACUCAGUCCAGAGGGUCCUCUUAGGCCGCAAUGCCAUGAUAGCUCUGGAAAACUCCACAACAAGUGGAGGAAGCUUCACAAAAAAAAUGAACAUACACAAGCUGAAGAUGGGCAGAGGAGAGCGUUAUCCGCUGGAGAUUGUUGACAUCAUGGGGAUUGAAGCACAAGAAGGAAUAAAACAUGAUGACAUCAUCAGUGUGUUUAAGGGACACAUUUCAGAUGAGUACAUUUUUAAUCCUGGGGUAACCAUAGCUGAUGACGACCCGCAUUACAUAAAGAACCCAACUUUGGGUGAUAAGGUUCACUGUCUGGUGUGUGUUCUGCCUGCAGACUCGGUCUCAAUGUUGGACUCCAAGGUCCUUGACAAAAUGGACCAUGUUAGGACGAGUGCUAGCCUGCUUGGAAUCCCUCAGGUCAUUGUGAUGACCAAGGUGGAUAAAGCCUGUGAGCUGGUUAAAGGGGAUCUAAAGAAAAUGUAUUAUAGCAAGAAGAUCCGAGAGAAGGUUCAUGAGUGCAGUAGUAAUGUCGGCAUCCCAUUAAAUGCCAUCUACCCUGUGAAUACCUACUCUGAAAUCAUCACCCAAGAUCCUGAUAUCGACCUGUUCCUCCUCAUUGCACUGAGAGAUAUUCUUAAUUUUGCCAAUGACUAUGUAGAACGUGAGUUGGAAAAAGAUGACAACUGAUGAGAGAGAUAUGAACAAAAGCUUCAGCUUUCAUGCUAACAUCCCUUCAACACUGUUAACUAAAUGCAUUCUGGGACUGGGAUUUCUCACUAAUCUGUGAUUGAACAUUAUCUCUUGUGUUUGAGAUUGUUCAAAGAAAUAUUUUAAAGAUUCAUGGUGAAGUUUUCCUGAAAUGGUCAGUGGUUUUUAGGAAUCUUUAUUUAUUGUAUAUUGUCUUGGUUGAAAAAUUUGUUUGUGUACACAAUCUUUAUUAUAGGUAAUAGUAGUGACUUUAGUGCUGCAUAAAUGUAGUUAUCAUUAAAAAAUGUCAUCAGUUACGAAUUUGUUUCUUUGUUUUGUGUUAUUUGUAUCUGUAAAAGUAUAUUUGUGUAAUAAUCUAAACCUUGACAAGCAGGACAAACAAUGAGAAUAAACUCCGAGUUAGUUAUAUUAAUUCAUUUAUGAAUAUGAAUUUUAUGGCACAUCAAAAGUGACUGUAUCAAAAGCGUGUGCUCCUCAUCCUGAAUCCCACCACCUAUUACACUACAGACAUGAGGUGGAUUCAUCAGCGUACAUGGACUGAAAGAGAAGAUGCUACCAUCACUCCGUGCCCUUGUUCGUCGUGCACUUUUCCAACAUGACUAAACACACAUCUAAGGGCACUGUUGGAUUUCUGAAGAAGAACAGGGUGAAAGUGAUUCAGUGGCCAAGUAUGUCUCCUGAUCUGAACCCAAUCGAACACCUAUGGGGAAUUCUGAAGAGACAAGUUGAGCAUCACUCUCCAUCCAGCAUCCAGUCACUAAAAGAGGUCAUUGUUGAAGAAUGGAAAAAGAUUGAUGUUGCAAAAUGUCGCCAACUUGUUCGUUCCAUGCCUAGAAGACUUGGUGCUGUCAUUAAAAAUCAUGGAGGCCAUACAAAGUACUAGAUGUAGUAGUUUUUGUUGUGGGGUG